GCUGUCUGGCUGUCGGAGGUAUCCCACAAUCCUUUGCGGCCGUCGCUAGUUGCAGUCAUCGCAGUGACGCCGCACAUCACCGAACCCACCGAACCCACCGAACCCACCGAACCUACCGAACCCACCGAACAGCAUGAAGGAGACGGCGGCCAAGCGGCGCGGGGACAAGGCGGGAGGCCGGGAGCCCAAAGAGAAGAGCAAAGAGCCGAAGGAGCCGAAGGAGCCGAAGGAGCCGGGCCCCGAGCCGCAGGACGAGGAGAUGCCGGAGGAGGAGGCGGCCAACGCGGCCAAGCUGCCCAAAGAGCUGGACGGCCUGACGCUGGACGACAUUAAGGAGCAUGUGAAGCAGAUCGAGAAGGCGGUGUCGGGUAAGGAGCCCCGGUUCGUGCUCCGUGCUCUGAGGGCGUUGCCGUCCACCAGCCGUCGUCUGAACACCAACGUGCUGCUGAAAGCCGUCUCUGGCUUCUUCACCCACAACACCACCACCAGAGACUUCCUGCUGGGCUUCCUGGACGAGCCGAUGGAGAUGGCGGACGGAGAUGUCCAGUUUCGUCCGAGGACGGGUAAAGCAGCGUCCUCUCCUCUGCUGCCGGAGGUGGAGGCUUAUCUUCAGCUGCUGCUGGUGGUUCACCUGACCAACAACAAGAGAUACACCGAGGCUCAGAAGGUGUCAGACGACCUACUGCAGAAGAUCGGGUCUAAGAAUCGCAGAGCUCUGGAUCUGGUAGCUGCUAAGUGUUAUUAUUACCACGCCAGAGUGUACGAGUUCCUCAAGCAGUUUGACACCAUGCGCAGUUUCCUCCACACUCGUCUUCGUACAGCGACUCUUCGUCACGACGCUGACGGUCAGGCCGUCCUCCUAAACCUGCUGCUCAGGAACUACCUGCACUUCAACCUGUACGACCAGGCUGAGAAGCUGGUGUCCAAAUCCGUGUUCCCAGAACUCGCCAACAACAACGAGUGGGCCAGAUACCUGUACUACACAGGUCGUAUCAAGGCGAUCCAGUUGGAGUACUCUGAGGCUCGCAGGACUCUGACCAACGCUCUGAGGAAAGCUCCCCAACACACCGCUGUGGGCUUCAAACAGACGGUCCACAAGCUGCUGAUCGUGGUGGAGUUGUUGUUGGGAGAGAUUCCUGACAGACUCCAGUUCAGACAGCCGUCACUGAAGAGGUCACUGAUGCCGUACUUCCUGCUGACUCAGGCGGUGAGAGCAGGUAACCUGGCCAAGUUCAACCAGGUGUUGGAGCAGUUUGGGGAGAAGUUUCAGACCGACGGGACGUACACGCUCAUCAUCCGCCUGAGACACAACGUCAUCAAGACCGGUGUGCGUAUGAUCAGCCUGUCGUACUCUCGUAUCUCGCUGGCCGACAUCGCUCAGAAGCUGCAGCUCGACAGCCCAGAGGACGCAGAGUUCAUCGUCGCCAAGGCGAUCCGUGACGGAGUGAUCGAGGCGAGCAUCAACCACGAAAAAGGCUUCGUCCAAUCAAAAGAGACCAUGGACAUCUACGGAACCAGAGAGCCUCAGCUGGCAUUCCACCAGAGAAUCUCCUUCUGCCUGGACAUCCACAACAUGUCUGUCAAGGCCAUGAGGUUUCCUCCUAAAGCCUACAACAAAGACCUGGAGUCAGCCGAGGAGCGUCGGGAGCGUGAGCAGCAGGAUCUGGAGUUUGCCAAAGAAAUGGCUGAAGACGACGACGAUAGCUUCCCAUGAUCCUCUCUGCUGACUUCCUGUGUGUGUGUGUAAGUGCGUGUCUGCACGCUGAUGUUAGUAGUUAUUACCCACAAUCCCCCUCUGCUCUCUUCUUCUUCUUCCCCUCUGGAGUUGUUUUCCUGCUGUAACAUCUGAACAAAUAAAAUAAUCUUUGGGUUUGUU